GUGAUGUUAUUAUUAAACAUGUAAGUGGAAAAUAUGUUUAAGUUUUUCACUAUAUAAGACAAAAUCAAGGACACCGAUAUCUAAAAUCAAAACAAAAACUGUACGGUACGACUGGUACUAACUGAUAAGCGUCUUGCGGUACGGGCCUACUAUAUAAACAAUUUAGCCGGAAUAAAAUUAAAUGGAUAGCGUUACAAAUAAACAAAUUUUCGAGCUGCUUCAACAGACCAGCAACGAUGUCCAAGACAUAAAACAGGACGUGACAAAUUUUAAGGAAGAGGUUGAGAUAUUGAAGCACAGGGUAGAAGCUGUAGAAUCUGAAAACGCUAACUUAAAAAAACAACUUUCAUUCCAUGAGGAACUAAUUAGAAAGAAAAACAUCUUAGCCUUUAAAAUAGUAGAAGCAGAAAAUGAAGUAUUACAAGACGUUGUAUUAGAUCUUCUCAACGACAAACUGGAAAUAAACGCAACUUUGAAUGAACAAUUUCUAUCGAAUCGGCGAAAAUAAAAAAAACUAAUAAAGCUAGGCCAAUCCUAAUAAAAUUUACUAGGGAAGUGACUGUUAGAGAAAUCUUCAAAAAUUUAACAAAACUGAGAGGCACUGGAAUCAGUUUGGCCAAAGAUCUACUACCAGAAAAAAGAGCAGAAAGUAAAACUUUAUAUGAAUAUAUGAAAAUUGCAAAACAAAAACAAUUCUCUGCCAAAAUAAUUAAAAAUAAACUUUGCGUGAACAACGAGGAAUACACUGCCGAGAACUUAAGAACAAUAGACAAAAUAAUGUUCCUGGAGCCUAUCGUGGACAAACACACCAUUUUCCUGAAUACAAGUGCACCACCAACCCCUACUAUUACACAUAGGGACUCCGAGAGUUCAGAAGAGGAAAUAUUUGACCUGGAGGUAGAAAAUCAAGAAGUACAAACAGAAAAAGUGGAGGAGAUAAAAAAGAAGGAUCCAAAGAAAGAAGAAAAAAAACAGAAUGAAAAGGUGAAAAAAAUUAUAGCCAAAACCGUUAAAAAUCACCUUCCCAUAACACAAACGCCAAAGGUAAGAACUACCAGGUCAGGGUCAACAAAGUAGCAGUCAACAGUUGCCUAAGAAGCCUGCUUCAAAAAAUAGUCUGUAGUUUAGC